CUGUAGGCGGCGAAGGCCCAGAGAGGGGAGGCCGAGGCAAUGGAUGUGAAUCAGCCGAAGCAAGAGCAUCUGCUAGCCCUGAAAGGUCCUGUUUUCUUCUGAUCUGUGCAUCACAUGCAAGAAGAGAUUCUUGUAAAUAAGAUGUAUUACGCUUUAGAGUCGAGGAUCCUAAUCAAGAGACUGUUGCUUUUAUUAAGAAUAACUGGAUUCCUACAGUACCAGCAUGGAAGUAGUUUUGCACUAUCGACCAUUUCAGAAUGACCUCACAAAAUUGCAGAAACUUGCAGAAGAAACACUGAAGGAGUUUCCUAUUCGGCAACUACCGAGAUUUGUUCCCUGGUUUCCAAAUGUUUCACACAAACUUCCACUCAAGCCUAAAAGACAACCACCUAUUAUUUCUGGUGAGAAAGCAGAAGAAGUGAAACAACUUGUUGCAGCUUCAGAACCUCUUAUUGGGCGAUAUUAUGACUGCACAGUGGACCUUCUGGAGUUUCAGUCUAAUUUGAAAACUGGUCAAAGUUUAAUUCAGGCACAAACAGUGCAUGCACAAAUUAAUUCAAGCAAUUUGGAAGUACAGUCAGCAAAUGAAAAACCAAAAUUGAGAAGGUCUUGGAGUAUCUCUGUCCCUAGUUCUAAACUUAAAGAAAAAAUUCUUCCUUUAUCUAGAGAACUGCAGAGUAAUUUAGAAAGAAUGAAGCUACAUGCAUUUUAUAGAGCAAAGUGGACAAUUGAGCAAUCUAUUUGUAAUAAUCAAACUCUAGAAGACAUUUGGAUAAAAUUGAACACAAUGAUCAAACACAAUGAAUUGCCGUCUUGCAAUGCUACAAUCCAGAGAUGUGUGGACCAGAUAUGGGUUUUCUGUGACCUAUUAUACAGUGAAUAUGUUGGCAAUCUUCUUAAAGAAAGAUUAAAUCUUACUGGGAGAAUGAACUUGCUUGUACAUAAAUAUGGAAUUAUAUUUAGUUUGUAACUUUAAAACCAAAGGAAAUAGUAAUAUUACUGUCUGGAAUAUUAGGGUUUGUAUCCACAAAAACAAUGAGGAGU